AUGACUGCAGUCGCCAGUCAAUGCAACGACAUAAAAUCAAACGGCCGCCCAAACCCACACGCUAAAUUGCGGCAGGUCCAGGUGUCGAGUCGUUUUCGUUUAUGCCGAAGGCACCGACUGGCCCACGCCCUCCAGCAGCUCAUUCCUGAGAGCUUGGGCAUCGAUAAGGGCAAUCGCGGUGAUGAAGUCGUCGCGGGUGGUAGAAAGCGGAGAAAGGAGGACCAGAGAAAGCAGGAGCUCGAAAACGACGAGUACACCGAGGAUGUGCAACCCACAUCCGUCAGGUGUCGCGGAUGUCAGAAGGCCAUCAGCCUUGACAAACGCUCCAGGUACUAUCCUGGACUGUGGGUCAAGCACAGGAGCAAGUGCCCGGGCAUCCUCGAGCUAGAGGAAGAUAAAGCACUAACCAGGAGAAGAGACUGGUUUUUUCAGCUAAAUCCAGAACCGCGCCCACCAACCACCUCCUCAUUUGACGCGAGCGGUGAAAAUUGGGAGGAGGGAGAGUCGGAUGAGGAUGAGGAUGAAGGAUGA